AACUUUCCAGAAUAGGGCGUAAACGGAAACUGCUGCGUGACAGUGCGGUGAAAAUACAUUAAGUUUACAAUUUUUUUUGUAGCAUUACAGUAACUCUGGAUUUUUAAAACGUAUACUGUCGGCUGUUGUCCUCACGAGUUGUUCCCUGUGUUGAAAAAGUCUUGUCGUGGAGGAUGGACGGCGGAGUAGUCAUAGUUACCAACUCCGUUGUGGCAGUUCGUGUGACCAGCACCCUGUCCUCCUUUGAGUCGCAGCGCAAAUUUGACAGAGGAAUUACUGUAGCAGAGCUGAAGGGAAAACUGGAGAUGAUUGUGGGUGUUCCUGCCUCCUCCAUGGAUCUGGAAAUUUUUAGUGUCUCUGAUAAGUUCUUACAGAAAAUGGGCAACGAUGAAGCUUUACUUGGUUCCUAUCCUGUGGACAACAACUGCAGAAUACACGUUAUUGAUAAAAGUGGUCAGGUGGGCGAAUUGUUUGACGUUUCCAAAGUGGAAAAGUUUGAGCUCUCAAAUGAAGCAUAUGGUCAAAGGACAGACUCUGCAAGGUCAUUUAUGAAAAAACACCAGUUCGGUCAUUACAACGAGGAUCUGGUUGCUAAGAAGAAAUCUGAGCUCACUGCUCAGGAAGAACAACAGAAGUCUGCUGCUGAUGCCAUUUCUGUGGGCAACCGCUGUAAAGUGGAGGUUUCUGGGCAACCCACGAAACUUGGCACUGUCAUGUAUGUUGGCACAACAGAUUUCAAGCCUGGUUACUGGGUGGGUGUGAAGUAUGACGAGCCCCUAGGAAAGCACGACGGAACGGUUCAGGGGAAAAAGUACUUUGAAUGCGAGAACAAAUACGGAGGGUUUGUGAAGCCGAUGACUGUGACGGUGGGAGACUUCCCUGAGGAGGAUUACGGUUUAGAUGAGAUGUAGAACUGGUUAAAACUUAUUUUUCUUUAUUUUGGUCAGUCCUUUGACCUGAUAUUGAAGCAUCUUCUGCUCAUAAAUCAGAAGGAGAGUCAUUUUCCUGCAACUUCAAGGUUUUUUUUGUUUUUUUGUGCUUUUCUGAAGAGUGUGAUCAAAAAGCACUUAAACGUCAUGUUUAGUUUUUUCCUGCAACAUAGAACAAGGCAAUCUUCAAGUUGAAAUUAUAAUAAGAAAAUCACAACGAAUUCAGUCUUUAAGUGUUUCAGAAAGGAACUUCAACCUAUUAAUGGAUUUUGUUAUUUCACUCCAUGCACCUCUAAUAUAUUUAGUGUUAACUUUACUGCUUAAAUUUUUAUUUUUGAUCCAUGUCAGUGUGCUUAAAAUGACUAUAUGCAAACAUUCAUAAUUAACCGUAGUCCUGGUGGACUGUACAUUUCUUUGUAAUCGUCUCAUGUUGAAUAAAUGGAAAAGUUACACUAACACACGUUGACAAAUUACUUGUGUAACCAGUUCAUCUCAUUUGAUGUUACUUUAGUUCUGUACUCUGUUUGAAUGUGUAUUUUUUCUUGAAAGUCAGGCCUAAGGUCACCAUAAACUGUAGUGCUCAUUGUGCUCCUGAGAAACACAGCUCCAUGUUUUUAAUUUGCUCUUUUGAUUUAUAGUAAACUUUUAGUUUUGCUUCAUAUUGCUGUACUUGGCACUACUACUGCUUUUAGACACACCCGCAGUAAACAAAACAUAUCUUUAAUUUCUUUUGUUCACGUGUAGUUUGUAAAAUGGUCCAGUUGUGAGUGAACACUGCUAUGCUAAAGUCUGUAGUUUGUUGUUCAGGGGACGAAAGUCGUGGGAAAGUGUCUUUACACAAAUGAAAAAUGUUGAUUCUUAAAAAUGCAAAAUGAGAAUGGACGUAUUGAUCAAUGGACCAGAAAUUUGAACUUUGUUCAUUCUUUGCUGGAUUUGUGUUAUUUAAAGACAUAAUUCACCUUAGACCUCCUGUUUCUAAUUUGUCCUCAACUUGUGGUUACGUCACAUUAUUUUCAAAGUACUGCGUAUCUUAAACAACUGAAGCAAGUUUGAAUAAAGAGAAACAAAGUGGCUCGAGACUU